GAGACCCUCGUCUAUCAUCGACAACAGGAAGAAACAGAGAGCGAAACUUGUUGAGCACCCGCCUGGAGAAUCAUCCGCCAUUCUAUCGGGGACGGUCAAUCACGUGUAGCGUCACGUCCCGAGGCGAAAUCCCAACUAGGCGUCCAGCGGCGCCGAAACUUUUGUCCGCUACCCAACGAUCCUGCGAGAGCCCGCGAGAGCGCGCCAACAUGGAGGUGGCGGCAGCGGCUAACCACUACGACGAGAUGGAGGACGAGAUCAAGACCAGGCAAAUGGCCAUCAGCAAGGCGCAAGCGUAUCCUGCCUCAAGCCUCGAGCGGCACGGUAUGAAGCAGCCGGCGGGAGCGACCGCUGGCUCCAAGCUAGCGGCAUAUCGUGCAUCCACCACCGCGAUGACUUCGCACAACAGAACCACGAAACGCUUUCUGAGCCCCUCAGGGCCGAGCGCGCAGCACCCUUCCAAGCUUCAGCGGCCUCAGCAGUAUCGCUCGACGUCACCGACACGGGCAGGCAGCAACGCCUCCUCGCCCAUUGGUAGGGGUAGGGGUGACGCCAACGGGAACGGAGAGAGGGCGGGUGGUGAUGAAUAUGCCGGCACGGAUUACAGCAGGGACGAGACGAUCGACAGGCUUACCAAGGUGCUCCGCACAAAGACUAUGGAGAUUAAGCACCUGAAAGCCGACCUGAAGCGGUGUGAGGCAGUCGUGAGAGACGUCGACGUGACCGUGGAAAAUAUCAGCAGCGAUUCCGCCGAAACGGACAUGAAGAUCGUCCAUCUCGCUGACGACCUCGCCAUCGAGAAACGAAGCCACCAGGAAGCGAUCGAGAACAUCGAGCGGCAGUCUCAGAGAUUGACUGAGCUGGAGAAAGUCUCUACUGAAAAACACGAGGAGAACAUGUUGCUGUCGGGACGACUUGAGGAGAUUAACCACCUGGCCGGUCAGCAGGAGCAGCGGCUCCAGGAAGCAAGGGUGGCGGCAGCGGAAGCAGCGGCAGCGGCGGCGGCGGCUGAGGAGGCGGCAGCGGCGGCGGAGAAAAGGGUAGAGGCGGCGGAGGCGGCAUUGGCGGCGCAGGGAGGGGGCGGGCUAGAGAAGGAGCUCGAGAAGCUUAGGCAGGCCGCGGAGAUGAAGGCUAAGCAAUUGGAAGCGGUCCAAGAGCGGGCGAGCAAGACCAACAUGGAGCUGCAGCGCUACAAGGGGCUAGCGCGCCGCGGGCGUUUCAAGCGUUUGCUGGCGAAGCUCUGGUGGUUGCUCCGGGCCAUCGGGUUCUUGGGCUUUCUCUUUUUCGCGUACGUUGCGGUGUCCGAAGGCACCUUCCGAUCUCGCGGUGUUGAUGUCUACCGGUUGGCGCACUGAUUUGUCGCUGGUUCUCUUAAUUCGUUUCCCGAUUUUCUUGGUGGCCUUUUGUGUGUGAGCGUUGUUCGUUUUUUUUUUUUGUUGUCGCAAAAGUCGACUGUCGGGGUGUGCGGCACGGACGGCCGCGAAGACCAGUUUUGGUUCAUGAGUCGAAGACAAGGAAGGUUGCGCAUGAUUGCGUUGUCGUUGUUGUUGUUGAGAUGAAGGAAAACGUGUCUGUAAGUUUGGUGUGGUACAAAGUGGGAGUGAGUGUCUCGCGCGACGAAAGCCACCUCAUGAGCGUCUUGGGCGGAAAAGUGGCGACACCAUGAGAACCGAAAAAGUAUGCACGGGAAAUUUUUUCUAUCUGCUGUUGGUGUUCUUUCCCACCUCGAAGCUGCCGUUGUCGUGUCGUGGUAUUCUCCUCGGGGUAUUGUAUCAUUUGUCACUUGUGUUUGUUUCCUCGUUAGGAGUAUGAUACGCAUGACCUUCGUAUGCAUAUAAUAUGGUCUUGUGUCCGCAUGAGGAAGAGGAGCGAUGUAGCUGGGUCAUGAUGUUGAUGAUGUGGGUGUAGAGCCGCUUCGGACUCCAUCCGCUUUUUUGCGGCAAGUCCGAGCCAGACGCGCCACGAUUAGACAAGUUCACGACACCGUAUCCUCUCUAAGUUGACCUGAAAAAAAUACCGGUCAGGUAUGCAAUAAUACGUACGGCUACCGGAAUUCGACGACGAAACUGUCUCGACAAGUCGGAGAGGAUACAAAGUGACCCCGGUCGUGUGGAGAGUUUCAAGCGCAGAUUCGGCCGCUCCUCGAUAUUUGCAUGAUACUGCUGUACGGUGCGGUAUUGCCGAACGGGACGGGUUUCCAGUGUUGCAAUACCAUGCCAGAAAUGAGUGAGCUUUCCCCGGGGGUGCCUCGCUGAAGUGCGGGUUUCGGCUGGGACGUGCUACGAUGAGUCUUGUUUCUGCCCCAUAAGUUAGCUGGACUGAAAAGGUCCGAGACGAGAGCUUUAACGUUAGGUGGCAAAUGAUGAAGGGACAAAAGAUGGAAAUUUUUACAUAACGUACAACUUGUUCUUGUAGUCGUAGCGAACAGGUACCACCUACCCUAGAGUUCUGUUUGGGUGGAAAGAAACCCAAGGACUGAUACGAGGUAUGCAUAUGGAAGAUGGGACCUGACGCCGAGACCUUCGCUGCUUUGUUCAUGUUUUUUCAGAGGUUUGUGCUAUUAUUGUCGGUCGAAAUCAGAGAUGGAAAGGGAAGGACAAUCGGUGCACGUGAUUGCCUUUGCUCAUGUCCUGAAAAAUCGCUCCGCGAGAGUUUUUCUACACAGACAGGCGAAAAGGGCUUGGAUGCGAGAAGGCGUGGUGUUGUAGGGGAGCCUUCUUCGUGGGCCCCAACUGUAUCGUGGAUUCAGAAUAGGCAGCGGAGAUAGAGGGGCUUGAAGGGACUCUGCGCACGGGCGGCCCUCGUAGUUGUUGAGUUGGGGUGAUGCAGUACAACGCAUGGCAUGAUGCCCUGCUUACCGCGCUCGUAGCGGAAUGGGUGAUCUGGGUUCGUAGCCUGUGUUCAAGUGAUCGGCGUCUCUUCUGAUGUGUACAUCCUCAAUUGUUCUUCUCCGCGGUCUGGGAAGUAUUUGUCAGAAUUCGUAGAAAUAGCGUGCGUGUUGAGCGUGAACGUGCAAGAAGUUGUAUGCCGCGUCAUCGUGCGCAUACGUUGAAAAUAGUUUGACUUGCGGCGUGCCAGUGCCCUGUAGUUCACCAGUGGCACAUAGCGGUCUUACAAUUGUACCCACGAC